UGCUACGUGUUCCAAGCGCACUGAAGAAGAAGAAAAGGUCGAACGAAUUUUUUUAGAAACAUAUUCUCGUGAUAGUACAGGAAGAUUCACGGUCACAAUUCCAAUAAAAGAGAAUAUAAGCGAUAUUGGGUGUUCAAGGGAUAUUGCACUGCAGCGUUUUUGGUCUUUGGAAAAAAGAUUGAGCCGAGAUUCUGAAUUGAAAAAACAAUAUGUCGAGUUCAUGAGGGAGUAUGAGCAACUAGGUCACAUGGAGCAAGUUUCCAAACCAGCCACGCCAGGUGAGAUGGUAUACUACAUCCCUCAUCACUGCGUAAUUAAGAAAUUUAGAGUAGUUUUUGAUGCCAGCUGCAGAACAAAUAAGGGCAUUUCUCUAAACGAUGUACAGAUGUUGGGCGAAAAGCUACAGCGCGAUCUAACAGAAAUUAUUAUGAGAUUCCGUAGGCAUAAAUUUGGGGUCAUUGGCGAUAUUAAGAUGAUGUUCCGUCAGGUGCUCAUCAACAAAGAGCAGUGGAACUUGCAACGCAUUUUUUGGAGGGAGUAUAGCAGUGAACCUUUGAGAGAGUAUUGCUUGAAGGUUGUUACUUAUGGAAUGACAUCGUCAGCUUUCAACGCAGUUCGAGCGGUUAUACAGUGCGCACGAGAUGCGGCCGAGGAAUUUCCAGAAGCCUCUAGGAUAAUUGAAAAUGAUUUGUAUGUGGAUGAUUGCAUUACCGGAGCAGAAAGUGAAGAUAAAGCGAUAGAAAUGGCGAAAUCAGUGCAAAAUGUGUUAGCAGGGGGAGGUUUUCAAAUGAGAAAGUGGAAAUCGAACUCCAAAACACUGAUAACAGACAUGCGGUCGGAUGAAGAAGAGGACAGUAUGUUCAUAGACGAGGAAAGAGCCACAGUUCUAGGACUUAAAUGGAAUAUUGCUCGAGAUCAAUUCACCUUUGUUGUAAAGACUCCCGAGGUUGAAGGUUUGGUUACCAAAAGGAAAAUUUUGAGCUUGGUGGCGCAGCUUUAUGACCCUAACGGGUACAUAUCUCCUGUUACAAUGAUGGGGAAAGUACUGAUACAAGAUUUGUGGCGCCUUGGUAUAGAAUGGGAUACACCUGUGGGUAACGAAAUAGAAGAGAGAUUCAAAAGAUUUUGGGAAGAUAUGAAAUGCCUGGAGGGGUUCACUUUGGAUAGAUGGAUCGGCACUGGUGAUGGUCAACGUGUUGAGCUGCAUGGGUUCUCUGACGCGUCAACAUUAGCAUAUGGUGCCGUAAUUUAUGUUCGUGUGGAAAACGGAAACGGAGUCGCGAAAACAACCUUGCUUGCAUCCAAAUCACGGGUAGCGCCCAUGAAAACUGUUUCAGUGCCCAGGUUGGAGUUGGCUGCCGCGGAGCUUUUAUCACGUUUGCUGGUUGAGGUUAUGAGAGCUAUGGAAUUUUCUGAAAUAAAGUAUACGUUGUGGACAGACUCUCAGGUGGUAUUGCACUGGAUUGGUAAAAUUCCACGGGACUUGAAAACGUUUGUAGCAAAUCGCGUUUCGUCGAUACAAACGAACACUGAUAUAAAAAGAUGGAGAUACAUUAAUACGAAAGAUAAUCCAGCCGAUCUAUUAAGUCGCGGAAUGAGGCCAUCAGAUAUUAUAAACAAUAAGCUGUGGGUACAAGGUCCGGAGUGGUUAAAUCAGGAAUCGACGUGCUGGCCUGAUUGUGUGUUUGUGCCAAACACAGCGGCGGAGGCUGAAGUUGAGUUUAAAGUGUUUUCGGUAUCAAACACCAAGGAGCCAUUGCAGAUUUCCAGACGUACUGCGAAGCAGAAGGUAGCAAUAAUAGACUAUGUUGAUAAAUUGGAGAGAGCGGUCAAUAUUGUUGCCUAUCUAUUUAAAUUUAUUGCGAACGCAAAAAUGCAUGCAGUAGCGACGAGGAGGAGAAGAGGUGAAAUGGAGUGCGUAGCAUUAAGUAAUGAGCACAGAGUCAAGGCGAUGAAUUUCCUAGUACGACAGGAGC